UUCGCUCUCAAUAAAAAAUUUGUGAUAUAUAUGUACAAAUAUUUAUAAACUUUGUGAUGUAUUUGUAUAAAAAUUUGUGGAGUACAUGUAUAAAUAUUUAUAACUAUUAAAAAAUAUAGGGAAAUUUUACUUUACUCUCGAUAUAAAUUCACCCGGCCCUAACUUGAUAUUUCUGCUUAGAGUAGGGGGGAUUACAUAUCUGAUGAAAUGGUUUGGAUCACACAUCUCCCCACUCUUCUAUGUGACAAGCAUAGCGACAUUUUCUUAAGUCAAAAUCCGGCAUCUCAUAAACGUGCCAAGCAGAUUGACUUAGAUUAACAUUUUGUGUGCGAACUUGUUUCAUAGGGUCACCUAUAUACUCAAUUUGUGAUUCUGUUCAUUUCUCUCCUUUGCACAACUCUCAACCACUCAAUUUUUACUUUUCUUAUUUCUCUCCUACUUUGAACUUGACAAAGUCCACCGAAACGGAGAUAAUGCUAUAAAUAUUCAUGAAAUAUAUACCUCACUUCAAGGGAGUGAUUACACAAAUCUUACCGGAUGCACGAAUGUUAUCUAAGUAGUUACUCCAUAUUUUUUAUAUUUAUUCCUUUACUUCAAAACAAAAAUGCAAUGCAUAGAAGUCUUUUUACAAAGUUUAACUGCAGUCUGAAUUCACUUCUGCUUCUCGUGGGAACAAAACUGGAGCACAUUAUUACUGAAUUAGCCCAAGCUUUCGCAGAAAGAGAAUCAAAGGACGCUUCUGAUGAGUUGUUUUGGUUCAAAAGCCCAAAGCUUGUGCUUCACCUAAUUCACUUCAUUCUGUUCCAGAACUCCUUUGAGAUUGCAUUCUUUUUCUGGAUUGCGUCUACGUACGGCUUUAGAUCAUGCAUCAUGGAAAGAUUGGAUUUCAGUGUUUCACUAUCCCGAAGCUUGUAAUGGGGUUGAUUGUUCAAGUUCUCUGCAGCUACAGUACAUUCCCUUUAUAUGCUUUAGUUACCCAGAUGGGGAGUAGUUUUAAACAAGGGAUGUUCGACCAACACACACACGCAACUCUCGUUGACUGGGCCCAAGGAUCAAAAACGGGUUCAACGGCCCAUUUAAGAACACUCCCAUUUGAAGGCGUUGCCGUAUCUGAAAGGCCCGCAAUCCGAAAAUGCCUCUCAUCAGCAAUUCCGCUCUCUCGUUAAAAGAAAAUGCAGCGGUUUCUUUUGGAGAAAACGGCAGUUUGGACCUUAGCCGCUAUUAACCAAACGGAGCCAUUAAAUACUAUCUUUGUUCCUGAAAUUAGUCCCAAAACUUAAACUUGUAUUAGUUCUUUGUUCUUAAGCACCUAAUUACAUAUUACUUAAGCUAAUAUCAAGCCUUAGGGAGAAAAUUAAUAAAACGUGAAUUCCCAUGUUUU